UCAGAACAUCAGAACUUCUGUUCGUCUGAGUAUUACGAGUCUAUGGGGUUCAAAAGCUGAAGUGUGAUUCAUAUUUUUGAGGAAAAGCUACAAGGAAACUAUUGACAACUCGAGUCUUAGAUCUGCAAUGGGUGCCCCCAAAAUCCCCCGGGUCACGCUGCUAAUGACCGCCGUGUCCUAUGUGAUGAUUGGUUGUGGAAACUGUCAAUCAAACUCAUCUAAUGACUUUCAGCUCUAUAUCUCUGAUCACCAUGGCAACUCCGAACCUCCGGCGCUCCCCUUGGAGCCUUCAGGGUCAGAUGUCGUGACCCCUGACCCCAGAGCUGUCCAUCAAGUCUCCCGUCCGUCAGGGAACGGAUCGGUGCGGGUGCGGCCGCUCUCUUUGCCCCCGGCGUGUCUGAGGAGGACGUACAUCGAGGGUCUGUUUAAAUACAUCAACACGGUUCUUUCCUGUUUGAUCUUUGCGAUCGGGAUGGUCGGGAAUGCGACGCUUUUGAGAAUUAUUUACCUGAACAGAACCAUGAGGAACAGGCCGAAUGCGCUGAUCGCCAGUCUAGCGCUGGGAGACCUCAUAUACAUCGCCAUUGACAAACCCAUCAAUGCCUAUAAGUUGUUGGCGAUGCGAUGGCCGUUUGAUGACAGUGUGUUCGGUCUCUUCCUGUGUAAACUGAUGCCGUUCCUACAGAAAGCUUCAGUUGGAAUAACAGUCCUCAAUCUGUGUGUGCUCAGUGUGGACAGGUAUCGCGCGGUAGCUUCUUGGAGUCGUGUGCCAGGUGUAGGCAUUCCAGCGUCCACAGCCGUGGAGAUCGUGUGCAUCUGGGCGCUGGCAGUAGUUUUGGCCGUUCCAGAAGCCAUCGGAUUCAAAAUGGUCAGUUUCGACUACAACAACGUCACGAUACGAACCUGCAUGCUGAAGCCAGAGACGCCAUUCAUGACGUUCUACAGGGAUGUGAAGGUGUGGUGGUUGUUCGGCUUUUAUUUCUGUGUUCCUCUGGCGUGCACGGCCGUCUUCUACACACUCAUGAGCUGUGAGAUGUUGAGCAACAGGAAAGGCAGUCUGAAAUACUCUCUGAGUGAACAUCUCAAACAGAGGCGUGAGGUGGCGAAGGCCGUGUUUUCUCUGGUGUUGAUCUUCGCUCUCUGCUGGUUCCCGCUGCAUCUGAGUCGCAUCCUGAAGAAGACGGUUUACUUUCAGAAUGACGUCGGCCGCUGUGACCUGCUCAAUUUCCUGUUAGUGUUUGAUUACUUGAGUAUCAAUCUGGCGACCGUCAACUCCUGCAUCAAUCCUAUAAUCCUCUACUGCGUCAGCAAGAAAUACAAGAACUGCUUUAGGACAUGUUUGUGUUGUUGUCGGUAUCCGGGUUCGUUGUUCAGCAGUGUCGUGCCUCAGAACGGCACCAGUAUCCAGUACAAGAACCCUGAUUUACACAACGUCCUAUCAGACCGAACUGCACUGCGCAAGGACAGCUACAACUGAACCAUCACACACACACAAACUGGUUUUUAUAUCAUUGUUUGUACUCUUCAAAGACUUCCAAGCAUUUUAUACAGAUCCAACAAUAAUUUCUAUCUUCUAACCCUCACAGAAACCUUUUUGCAUUUUUACAUUUAAAAAAAAAACCUUGUUUAGUAUGUAAAAUAUUUCCCUCAUGGGGACCCAUAAUGUAGAAUAAACACACACACAUAGACACAUACACACACACACACACUUACACACACACACACACACACACACACAC